AGUAAGAAGGUCCCGUCUCUUUAAACGUAGUGGAUAUAUUCUCUUUGGUAAAGAGGGUAGAAUAAUUCUUCAUAAACUACCUGCUUUCGUUUCCAAUUCAAAUCUCUCUUUCACAAUUCAUUGCGAAUACGUGGUGUCGUGUUGAAAAUUUUAAUUUAUAAUCAGAGCUAUGAACCCGUCCGGUCCUUCGGUCUCCUUCCCCACAACACUGAAUGAUAAUUAUACCGAUGACCCUGAAAACACUACUAGUACAAUCUACGGCGCAUGGCAAGUGGUAUACAGCUGGCCGCCGAAUCCGACCCCGCCGCCGCCACGCCGGGUCACGUUCGAAAAACCGUCUAUUCUGCAGGGAACGCUGUUCAAGUGUCAUUGCAAAAUACAAGUCGCCCGGACGUACCCCAUCGUGGUAAACGAAGACGACAAAUCAGAGGUGAAAGGCUGCGAGUUGACAACCGAAGAAGUGGAGGUCCCUGGCGGCUUAAAUCGUACGACGUGCCCCUGCAAAACCACUCCUUACUACGAGAAGAUCGUUGUUCAAACCUUUCCAACCAACGAUAACCAAAUAUUAAUGUACCAGCGUCAUAAACAUGUACAGUACACCCCUGAAUUUCCUCAUUCUUGCCUGUUAAUGGUCAAGAAAUUGCCUUCUAAUUUUAAAAUAGAAAAUGCGGUUACAGGAAUGGAUAUAGCUAUGAUGGAGGGGGAUUAUACGUUCCAGGUUCAACAGUAAACUAAUAUUGUCUUCGGUUACUACUAUAAAAAAGCAAUACCAAACAAUGAAAUUGUAGAAAUCGCAACCCGUGCCAAGCGACCAAAACGUCGUAAGCGCCGUAAAAAUCAUGGCGCUUACGCGAUUCAUGCUCCGCUUCUAUGACACGGGUUUGCUUUAAAUAAUGGUUCUCUGUGCCGUAUCCGUAGUUAUACUUCAAUGAUUACCGCAACUCACUCAUGAUACAAAACUAAGAGAACGGAUUAUAGGGAUAUAUUUUAAAUUCUUCAAACGAGGUAUAAUCCGUUUAUGAUCCGUUUGCAUAGUUUUAUUUCAAGAUGUUUUUUUAUAUUACAUACUAGAUUGACAGUGUGAUUGAAUCUGCUGACCAAUCUGAACAAACCAACUAGCAUUUUAGUUCAGCCAAGUGUAAAAUAUAACUUACUCAAAAAUAUGGCCUAUAGUUCUUAAUUCGCUGACAUAAGAGCUAUGGGACAUUUUUGAGUAUGAUGUGUGCACCCAUAUUUUUUCACUGUACAAAGAUAGGGUAGCAAGACGAUUACAGAAAUUAAAUAAAGUAAACAGUCAUUCUGGGAUAAAACGUAGCUUAGUCUUUAGUCAAUGGAGAUACGAAAACAGACAUUUUCCAGUUGCUUGUCUGAUUUCUGUACCCCUAGUGUCAAUAUCAUUUGAUAGCGUGAAUAAAGUAAACUGUCAUUCUGGGAUAAAACGUAGCUUAGUCUUUAGUCAAUGGAGAUACGAAAACAGACAUUUUUCAGUUGCUUGUCUGAUUUCUGUACCCCUAGUGUCAAUAUCAUUUGAUAGCGUGAAUAAAGUAAACUGUCAUUCUGGGAUAAAACGUAGCUUAGUCUUUAGUCAAUGGGGAUACGAAAACAGACAUUUUUCAGUUGCUUGUCUGAUUUCUGUAACCCUAGUGUAAAUAUCAUUUGAUAGCGUGUCGUGACUUACGCGUUUGCGUUAAGUGUCAUUUUGAGUUUCCGAAACGUCCCGCUUGGCGCGCUGUUGUAAAUCCCAUACAAGAAUAGACAUAACCCGAACUCUCGUCACGCUAUCGAAUGUAAUUUACACUAGGAGUUCUGCGGUGUCAGCAUGGUUGCAUUUUUAUCACCUGUCACUAUGUCUGUCACUCGCACUUACAUACUUGUUAGAACGUGACAGGCAUGGCGACAGGCGAUAAAAAUGCUGCCAUGCUAAGCCCGCUGGUUGCAUGUGAUCGACCAAAACUCUCCACGACAUAGUUUUUAGUUAGUAAGUAAAACUACCAAGUACUUAUCUAGUUUUUAGUUUUUUUUAAUGUUUGCAUGCUUUCUACUUGCCUAAUAUUGUGCCAUUAUACCUAGACGGGACUUGUGAAUUAAACAUUUGUCUCAAUUGCA